UAAAAACUACAUCCAUCUAUCGUCCUUUGAUUCAUUGUUUGAUUAUGUCCGUACAUUGGGUUAUAAAGGGGGAAAAGACGAAAGGUGUGUGUUCUUACCGAGGACUGUGGAGGAGACAUUAACCAGCAGGAUUGGAAUAGACAUCGUAAGGCACGUCACAUUGAAAGAUGACAGGAUGAAAAGCAGGGUGUAUGUUACUUUAAAUAUUCCAAGGGAAAUUCUGAAUUGGGACUACGAUGCAAGGUGCAGAUAUGUAGAAUGUGCAAAGAAAGGGACACAAACGAUUCACAGGGCUCGUGCUAUGAUUGUUGGAUGUGCUGGUGCUGGAAAAAAUACCCUGCUAAAACGACUAGAAAAGAGAUCUCUUGAAGAAUUAAAACAGGUUAAAUCUACCGUAGGCCUAGAAGUACAUGAGGACAUCUUCGAAAUUUUGGAGGACAAAGAUUUCUUGAAAGCUGUAACAGAAGAAACAGAGAAGGAAGGGAAACAACUUUUAAGUGUCAUGGAUUUUGGAGGACAGUGUGCCUACUACGCCUGUCAUCAGGUGUAUCUCAGCAGAAGAGCUUUCUAUCUCCUGGUGAUAGACAUGUCUAAGUCGUUUGAAGAAAAAGUUGACCCAGCGAUGUGUGAACAAGAGGGGACUAUGUUUGCUGAUUGGACAUACGGGGAGUACAUCCUGUUUUGGCUGAAGUCUGUCCACACCUAUUGUGAUAGUAAUGUUUCAGUUAUCAUCGUUGGAACUCAUCUUGACGAAGUCAAAGGCCAGAAUUCAAACACGUUCUACAACAAAAUACUGGAUCAUCUCAAGUUCAACAAACAUUUGAAAGCACAUUUGGACCGAAAGAGAUGCUUUGUUCUGGGUUUCCAUGCAGCUGCUGAAUCUUUUAAUGAUACACUUAGAAACUUAGAAAAGUGUAUUAUUGAAAUUUCAAGAGAGGAAAGAUGGAAAGAAAGCAUCCCCACCCAUUGGGCUUUAUGUGAAGUUGUUUUUCAAGAACUGAGAAAAGGGGGCUUCAAAAUGAUGUCAGUGAUGGAGUUAUCAAAGAUGUGCUUCGGUAAAAAUGAAGCAAAAAGUGCACAAAUCGGCGAUGUCCUAAAAUUUUACCAUGAUAUAGGGGUCAUCCUAUACUUUAAUGAGGGUGCACUUUCUGACACAGUAAUCAUGGAUAUUCAGUGGUUUAUUGAUUCCUUCAAGAACAUAAUAACAGACCCAAACCACGGUAGGGAUAUUUCAGAAAACAGCCGAGAUUGGUUGGAUUUUUACAACAGUGGUCAAAUAUUAGACAGACUUUUGACAAACAUAUGGGUUUUGAGAUACGCUGAAAUGGAUUUCUGGAAUAGAUACCAGUACAAAGAAAAUAUUCUCCGAUAUAUGGAACGUCUUGGUUUAAUUGCUGUUGGUACAGUUGCUCAUUAUAUUCCUUGUACGAAUAAGCGCACAUUUGGAAGUGCCGAGGAAAAUUAUUUCCACUCUUUGGAAUAUAAAACUCCAGUGUUGGUCUUUCGAUUUGAAUUCCUGCCAUAUUUUUUCUACUUCCGUCUCAUCGUGUCCUGUUUAACAAAGACCAGCACAGAAUGGAGAGUUUUACAAGACAAUGGACUUUGUCUUUACAAAAAUGUUGCUUGUUUUGCAUAUAAACAGCACGCAGUCGCUUUGGCCGUGAACAAUUCUUCUAUACAACUACAGGUUUUUCAACCUAGAAUUACUCCGGUUGCAAAGAAAGUUGCAUUGGAAGUUCGUGACACAAUCAAACAUUUAUUAGAUGAUUUGCUCAAGAAUUUUCACAAAAAAAAUCGACAUGUAUACUGUUGGGUUCCAGUGUUCAAAGCAGGAAGUAUUUCACGAACAUGAUGAUUGUUUCGUUAAAGAAGAAGAGUUGUUAAUUAAGGGAACUAUGGGGUGUCCAAACCAUGAACUGAUGAACAGUCACACACUAAGUGAAUCAGCUCUUCUAUUUUACUGGA